CUAAGCAGUAAAUGUAGCUGUAGCACUAUGCAACCACAACUGGAUGAAUUUCAAGAUCCUAGUCGGACCACAGUUUGCGCAGUCGGUUCGACUCACGCACUAAAGCUUGCCCGGAAAUGUUUACUUACCGGCAAGAUUAUAGCGCUGCCCACCGAUACGGUUUAUGGGCUCGCAUGCGAUGCUAAUAAUGAAAAUGCCAUUCAGCGGCUUUACGAGGUCAAGGGAAGGGAUGAGCACAAACCGGUAGCCAUUUGUGUAAAGGACAUUGCAGCUUUGCGUCGCUAUGGUGAGGCCUCGCAUCUCAGGAAUGAGCUUCUGACAAGUCUGCUUCCUGGACCCUUAACAAUUGUGAUCGAGCGCACGGCACAUCUAAGCAAUCGAUUUCUUAAUCCUAGCACAUCUAAAAUAGGCAUACGGAUACCUGAUUUUACGUUUAUACGUGAUUUGUGCGCGACUUGGCACGAGCAGCCAUUAGCGUUGACUAGUGCAAAUCAGUCUGGUGCACCCAGUAGUCUUCGUGUUUCGGAGUUUCAGGAGCUGUGGCCUCGCUUGGGUGCUGUUUUCGACGCUGGGGAAAUCGGCAAGACAGAAGAGCGACGGCUGGCCUCGACUGUGGUUGACUUAGCAACUCCCGGACAGUACAAGAUUGUACGCGCGGGCGUAGCACUCAAACAGACAUUGCAAGUGCUUCAUGACUAUGGAUAUAAAGCCAGCAAUAGCUGAAAUAAAUAGUUGACAGCCAAUUUGUUA